AUGUGCGGCAGUUGCUACAACAACGAGAACAUUCUUGACUUACCUGGACUGGAGUUCCUCAUCAAAGCCGACGUCGAUGGCAGGGUACUCUACCGAGCUACUAGUGAUGAUAUAUUUGAAAGAAAAUUCGGAGCUAAACUAGCGGCACAGGUGAAACGAAACAGACAAUCGGAACUUGAUAACUUCGCAUUAUGGGCUCUAGUCACUACGGAGGGAGAAUUGCUGUUACAAUAUGAUGCCCUCGUUACCAAGUUCAGCGCGCUGGCGACUGCUCACAACAAGCUGCAAACUGAAUACUCUACAUUAGAGAUUGAGAUUACUCAUAGGGAUGCUAAGAUUGAACAGCUGACGAAAGAGUAUAGGGCAAUGGAGUCUCGGUACGAGUCGGUUCUACAUCAGUCACAAUUGACUUCAUCUGACUUUCGUAUUCUCUUGGAUCAGAAUCUCGAGCUUAAGCAAGCUUUGCAAGACAAAGCGGGCUCGAUGAGCUUAGAUGAGGGUAUUUCGUCAUUACCGUUGGGCCCUCCUCCGCAUCAACUCGAGGAGACACAAGCAGUCGAUCAGCAUAGCAAGGACCAUUCUCUGUCCGGAGCUCGGACGAUACCGAAGUCAUUUAGAAGCUGGUCUAGCAAGAUGCUGAAGGGGUCUGGCAAGAAGAAAUCAUCACCAGAUUUUGCAGAUCUCGGAGCUCACUGUGCGGAGCGGUACUGUCACCAACAGGAUUUCCUCCCCUUUGAAUGCGAUCGAUGUCAUAAAGAGUUCUGCCUUGACCAUAGGACGUAUGAAGCACACAACUGUCCCUAUCUUGACUCAGCCUCGUAUAAUAAACAACAAGUUAUCAUCUGUCCACUAUGCAGAUCUUCAGUGCACUUGUUACCUGGCGAGACAGAAAACACUGCUUUCGAGCGGCAUUCAAACUCAUCAGCGUGUAAGCCUGAAGACUACAGCAAGCCCCGACUGCAGAAAUGCCCUGUAGAGGGUUGUCGAGAACGUUUGACGGAAGUUAACUCUUACCAGUGUCCUGAAUGCCACGUUAAAGUGUGUCUGAAGCACCGAUAUGAGGACGUUCACCCUUGCAAAGAGUGGAAAUCACGAGGGCUUAGUAAAGCAUCGUAUCGGGGGCCUUCUGGAAAGGCUGUGAAGAGAAGUCCAGUAGUGGGUGGUAACUCUACGAAGGUUGCUGGUGGUCAUGGAAAUAGAGCUGAUCAGUGGCGAUGCCGAAAAUGUUCCUUGAUUAACAAUGGUGAUGUUACGACUUGCGUUGCAUGCGGAUAUACACCAGUGGGACGACAGAACUGCGCUGUACAAUGA